CCCGGUAUACGUUCGUAGGUGUGAAAGAUGGUCCACCGACGAGUACCCAAUCGAAAUGCUUAUCAAUCUGCGCGACCAACGACGAACGGCAGGUACCUGCUGCUGCUACGGCAAACGGCGACAAUAGAAGGGCUGUAAUCACAAUCAUUCGGAGUCAAGGGCUUUCUAUCGUUUGGUUGGUGCAUCGACGAAUAGAAAUGACGCUGCGGGAAAAGACUGCCCCGGAAAUACCAACGCACCGGAAGUAUUCGGUCUCGCACUCGGGCCGAUUCAAAUCCCGACCAAAGAUUCGACCGUCCCUUAGCGGAGAUCUAUUCCAACCGGAUGCGCUGGAAACCACGAACAACAACAUGGACAACGACUACAGAAAUGAGGAAGCUGAACCGAAACAGUCACCCAACGGUCCAUCACACCGGGUUGUCGACCAGGUAGACGUCAGUGGUGAUACAAGUUCGGGGAAUCCCCAGCAGGUGCAUCAGCCUCAUCUACAGCACCAUCACAGCAACCGUCAGCAACGGUCUUCGAGGGAGAUUCUGGAGACGUCCUUAUGAGGCGAUGAGGUAAACAGUCUGAGAACAUGCUGCUACCCCUUGUGUUGCAGCAUAUUGUACGAGACCCCGCAUACGCUAUCUACACUACUGGAAACGGAACGAAACAAGCGGCUUAUCUGUGAUGUAACGUUGUAUACCUAUUUCUUUUGUUGUUUCCAGCAUUUGAUUAGAAGUUGCAAUUCGGUUGUGGUUGUGGUGAUUUUUUAAGGUACCUGUAAGUGUUGUAUAUUGAUAUUUGUAUAAGUACUUCAUGUCUUUCUAUUACUGAAUAAACAACUCUCGAUGCAGAGAAGAUUGCAAUCGAGAGUGGUAAAGAUAA